UUUUCAGAUUCAUCAUUCGGUUUUCUAUUUUCUAAUGUUAAAUUCUUACUUCUGAAUAGGCGUUUAUUGUAGUUUUACUUCGUAAGUCGCCUAAAAACCUUUUAAAGCCAUAAAGAUGUUAGCUUUAAUAAAUCGCAUUCUUGAUUGGUUUAAAAGUUUGUUUUGGAAGGAAGAAAUGGAACUUACUUUAGUCGGUCUUCAAUACUCUGGCAAAACAACUUUUGUGAACGUCAUAGCCUCUGGACAGUUUAGUGAAGAUAUGAUUCCUACUGUUGGAUUCAAUAUGCGCAAAAUAACUAAAGGAAAUGUAACAAUCAAGGUAUGGGACAUUGGCGGUCAACCAAGAUUCAGAUCAAUGUGGGAAAGAUACUGCAGAGGAGUGAAUGCAAUUGUAUACAUGGUGGAUGCAGCGGAUCCGGACAAGAUAGAAGCAUCCCGCAAUGAGCUUCAUAGUUUGUUGGAGAAGCAGCAGUUGACAGGGAUACCCGUGCUUGUGUUGGGCAACAAGAGAGAUCUGCCCCAGGCGCUAGACGAACAUGGCCUUAUUGAACGAAUGAAUCUUUCAGCGAUCCAAGACCGUGAAAUAUGUUGCUAUUCAAUCUCAUGUAAGGAAAAGGACAAUAUUGAUAUAACACUGCAGUGGCUCAUUUCACAUAGUAAAUCUGGAAGUGCCCGCUAAUGCUGCUCCGAGUUUCAUUCCAAAACAAGUCAUACGUAAGGCGUAGUUUGCCUUACAAGUGUCUCCGUAUAACGCUUACUAUCACCAGCUGACUUGUGCCUGCACUACUGGCCUACACAAUAAUGAAUGUCAUAUCAAACACCAUUGAACUGCUGUUAACUCUGCUCCAUUAAAUCGAAUAAUUAUUAGUACUAGAAUGAUUUUGUACGGUGAGACUCUUGAUGUCUCGUUCUUCGUAGAUAGUUUGAGAUUUAAAUUGUAAUCUAUCUGAUAAGAGUUAGGUGUAGCGAAUACAGCUGAUAUGUAUGCUUACUAGUCGGAACACCUUCUGACUUACCACAUAAUAUUGUGUGGGUUGUUACACUUCGACUGUUUAAUAUUAAUUUUUUUUUAUGGAAUAGGAGGACAAACAAGCGUACGGGUCACCUGGUGUUAAGUGAUCACCGCCGCCCACAUUCUCUUGCAAGACCAGAGGAAUCACAAGAGCGUUGCCGGCCUUUAAGGAAGGUGUACGCGCUUUUUUUGAAGGUACCCAUGUCGUAUCGUCCCGGAAACACCGCACAAGGAAGCUCAUUCCACAGCGUUGUAGUACGCGGAAGAAAGCUCCUUGAAAACCGCACUGUGGAGGACCGCCACACAUCCAGAUGGUGAGGAUGAUAUCUUAACUUGUGGCGUGUCGUGCGAAGAUGGAAUUCGGCGGCAGGAAUCCGGUUAAACAGCUCUUCGGAACACUCCCCGUGAUAAAUGCGGUAAAAGACACACAAUGAAGCGACGUCUCUACGCAACGGCAAGUGAUCCAGCCGUUCGCAGAGCACUGGGUCCCCGACAAUUCGAGCUGCUCUGCGUUGCACGCGGUCAAAUGGAUCGAGCUGAUACUGGGGUGCGCCAGACCAGAGAUGACAGCAAUACUUCAUGUGUGGCCGGACCUGCGCUUUGUAGAGCGCUAGAAUGUGGGCCGGCUUGAAGUAUUGCCGUGCUCUAUUGAUGACGCCCAGCUUCUUCGAAGCCAAUUUGGCUUUGCCCUCCAGAUGGCCACGAAAUUGGCAAUCGCUCGAGAUUUCGAGACCCAGUAUUCCGAUACUAGGCGAGGCUUUAAGGGAAUAGGAAUAAUAGUGCAAAAGCAAGUUAAAAUAUUAAGAAGUCCAUGAACUCGGGUCUCGGGUUAGGUCUUUAGACCUAAGUAUGUUUGUGCCUACAUAAUUACAUCAUUUUUACGACUCCUAUUUCUGCGGUGAAGCAGUAAUGAGUAAGCAUUACUGUGUUUCGGUCUGAAGGUCGCAGUAGCUAGUAAAAUUACUGUACAAAUGAGACUUAACAUCUAACAUCUCAAGGUGACCAGCGCAAUUGUCGUGCCACUCAGAAUUUUUGGGCUUUUCAAGAAUCCUGAGCGGCACAGCAUUGAAAUGGGCAGGGCGUUUCAAAGUAUCCCUUAUUUUCAUAAAAAAAUCAAUCAAUUUUUUCUCUCUAAAUACUUUAAUGUAAUAACUGUUUGUUUGCUAGUAGAUGAUAAUAUUGUAAACUAAAAUACUAAUUGAUAUUUUGGAUAGUAAAGUUCUGUUAAAAAUUUCCUUUAUCCCCUUGUAGUGGCUUUUCAGAAUGAAUGACACUGUUACUUUAUUCAAGUACAUGUUAUUUACUGAGAUUUAAUAAUUGAAAAUUAGGUGACAGGUACCACUGCUGUUUGCCACUGUAAAAAAAACAAUCACCACUAUGAGUUUUCAUGGGUGGCGGUGUAAUAGUUAUUUAUGUAACUGUUGUGUAAUGAGGGUUAUUAAAACACGAAUGUGGGUUUGCUACCUGAUUGUCAACAGUUGCUUACAAGACUUUAUCUUCACCCACAAUAAUGAAUCGUCUAUAAAAGAUUCUGAAACAGUUAGCUUACUGCUAACAUUAAAAAGGCCAGUAACGAUUGUUGAAAUUCAGUACAACAUUACAACACUCUUUUGGAUGAUAUAAUGGUUAUUAGGAUUGGGUGCUUUAAUGUUGGCAAUAAGCUAAGAGGAUUUAAAUUAUGGGUGUAGAUAAAUUGAUAAUAACUAAGACUAUGUUAAAAUAUUUAUAUAAUACAAAAGGUAGUUCAUAUAGUAUCCGCUAGAGUCGUUGUUCACACAUUAUAGUAUACAUAUACUCCCUUAUUCAUAAUAGUCUGCAAACUUAAAGCAUUGCUUAUUCUCACUCUGUCUUCUUCUAUUGACCUAAGUCAGAAUGAGAAAAAACACUACUGAGCGACUGUUUAGAGUUAGCGGACCAUUAUGAAUAAGGGGGUUUGUAUCUUCCAACUGUUUUCAUUACUUUAAUGAAGUUGCAGUUAAAAUAGUUCCGAUUAUUUUCAUUGUAACUCUUUUGAGUAGAAAAAUAUCUAAGAUUUUGUGAUCAUGUUCGUAGUGAUAUUCAGGAUGAAAUCUUCACAGAAUACGUUCCCUCGGAAGAUUCCAAAGAAAAAAAAAAUUAUUGUAAAAAUAUUUUUUAGUAUAAUUUAUUUAAUCAUAUUUUUAAACAUUAAAAAAAAAUUGAGAAAUAUUACGUCACAAUAAUAUGUUUUCCGAUUGAUUUGAAAUAUUUAUUUUGUAUCUAUUGAAUAGAGUCUACAAAUAUAUAAAUAUUUGGACAUGAAUAAUUUAAUGAAAGCACAAAGCUUGUAAAAACUUGAGACAUUUUCUUUCUUUUUUUUUCCUUCAGGGAGGAAUAGCUUAAAUACUGUGAAUAUUCGAUACUGUCGCGUUGAAAUGGUCUUGCAUUGUCUUUUAGGCCCUUACCACAUGUAGAAUCCUAGAAUAAUAAAAACAAAAAGUAAACUUUAUCCAUUCUUAUAUUGGGUUAUAUGUAAUUAUAUUAUUACAUAUUUAUGUAUAAAUAAUAAUACCCAAGCUGACUGCACUACCUACAACAAUAUAUUUGAUCAGUCGAUCUUGUCUUAUGCUGUUAUAUAAUUUAUGUUUUAAUUCAAAUUCUUUUUUAUCUUUGUACAGUAUACCAGCGGUCUUUAUAUUUAAUAUAUGAGCAAAUAAUACAGCAUCGCGUUGUCAUCUCAAUAUUAUCAUAAUAGUAACGUGACAUUGGCUAACUUGUGGUAUACCUUCCACUGAAGCCACAGUAGGAAAAAUAAUAUAGAACCCGAAAUCAUUUUGAAAUACUCUUUUUAAUAUGAGCUAUCUAUUAAAUGUAAAUACCAUUAAAAACGGUACAGCAGGUGUGGAGUUCACAAACACUCAAAAAUCAUAAAAAUUGGUUUUGUGAUACAGCUCAGUUUACUCAUCAUUACAGUCAAAAGCUGUUAUUCUGACAUGAGUCACUUCUUGCAUGUGCAUGUAAGACCACGCUUAAUGGCUCAUUAUUAUAUAAUAGAGAUUGAAUUUGUAACCAAAAUUUAUGAACGAUGCGGAACUUAAACCGAUAAAAUACCCUAUUUUUAAACUUUUGGCGCAUCUAAGGAUACCAAGACGCCGAAAUUCUUGCAUUAAUAUAAAACUGCUUAGUUAUCAUUUGUUACUUCAAUAAUUUUCUUGGUUUGUCCAUAUUUAAUCAUGGAGUACAGCGAUUUGGUCGCGUAGUGUGUGAGGCCUCUAAACGGUAGGAACUUGAUAUUUUAUAAUAGCUAAUAUAAACGAACCAUUAUCUUGGACAGUUAAAUCGAAUUGGCAACUUUUUUGUAAGUAUUAAUUAUACUUCUAUUCUGGCUUAGCAGGUGUGGCCUGUUACAUAUUACGAUCUUUUGUUAAGAUAUAGGUAGAAUGACUGGUGAAACACGACUUUUUAGGAGAGUACUAGCUUCGCGUCCUUAUUAUUGAAUAAAAUUAGGUACUUUCAAACAAGUUUCCGUAUAAAUAAAUGAAUUGUAGAUACAUUACCGCACUGUUUGAUCAUUGAGCGCAAGUUCCAACAGGUCCGUUUUAACUUCUCCGAUCAGCUUGUUAGUUUUACGCUCACGCGGUCAACAUGCGUUACGUAAUUAAUUAGUUUAGUUUAUUAAGUAGCCAAUUAAUAUUUCUUUAUAAUCUUCAUAAGUGUGCGCCACAUAUCACGUCCUUCAGUAUCGGUAUCUCACCAGUCUUGCUAUAUAUUUAUGCAUCAUGCGGUUGUUGUAUAUCCGAGAUUUGACUAUAGUUAAAGUUGUCAGACUCCGGAACUAUAUUACUCGUAACAGUUAGAACCUAUUUACGGCCGUUUUCAAUAACCUAUCUAUCCUUAGUUUACCCGAGGUAGACAAAUCUAUCCUUUUACGCUUACUUACAUUUCAAUAGCCUAUCGACAUAAAGCAUUGGACAUAACUAUGGAUAGAUAAGAUCUUGCCAUUAAACGGUGACAGCAAUGUAUCCGUAACUAGAGAUACGUUAUUGAAAUAGGCCGUUAGCCGAUAACUCGAAAGCGUCAAGACAUAAGAAUUUAAAUAGAAAAUAUGCUUGGUAGAAUUUACCUUGACAUGAAAAUAUUUUCACUUAAUUGAGUAACUUUUAAUUUUUUAUCAAAUAUUUAUUCUUUUUUAACUCCUGCCUAACUCUAAACUUAAUCUAAACCUCUCGCCAAUAAUUACUCUCAAAACUUAGUCGAAACUCUUCACAAGGCGUAAAUUGUAUAACUUGAAUUUUUCGCGUCUCUCUUCAAAUGAGAAAAAGAGAGUCCUAAAGAGGGUCUGCUGUUUUAUUAUAUAAUAUAAGUAGGUAUAUUAUCAAAUUAGGACUUUUAGUUAAUGUGUUAUAUAUUACAUAUUCUCAUAUUGUUAGAUAAAGUAAGAUAAAAUAUAUUAUUAUAUUAUACUUUGUGUGAUAUUCUGUUUGUUUAAAAGAAAGAUUUUUAUUUUGUUUAGAUUAUAUUCAUUUGUACAUUUGGUGAAUUUGCGUAUAUCCUUUAUAUUUUAAGUAUGCUUACAAUGCACAUAAAAUAAUUUUAGUUGUAAAUGCUAACAUGGGUGUAGUAUUUUCUUGUAUUUACACAAUUAUUGUACAUUAAAUAAAAUUUAGAAACAAA